GUUACUGAUAAGCUCAUUAUCCUAUCUCAAAAAUACGUAUACGAAUUAUCUGAUUUUUUCACACAAUAAAACCUUCCAGCUCUCAGUUCAUAUGCUUAUCAAAUAUUCUUCCAACGAAUAAAAUCCUGCGAAGCGAAAAAUGAAUAUUAUACUGGUACUUCUAAGUGCAGGUUUUGUCUCGGGAAAACUUGGAAACGAUGGGCCUAUCGAGGAUAUUAUUGAAAAAAUCAGAAAAGCCAUACCAGAACCGAUAGAGAUUCAAGAAUGCAACUUAGUGAUUCCAGAUAAUGUGUUGAUUUCUGGUUCUCUCAACGUUACCAAUUUGAACGCUUCGGGAUUGAAAGCUUUUACUUUUGAAGAGGAAAAAAAGCUUUCUUUUAGAGGGGGUUUGGAAAAAUUCUCCUUUAAUACGGGAUACGCAAUGGAUCUUCCGCUUUUGAAAAUACCACUGUUAAGCGUAUUUGGUAAUGGAACCUUGAGAAUACAUCAAAAUACUUGAACAUCCAAGAUACUAUAAAACUAAGCCAACAAAUCAAGAAAAAGUCACGUAGUCGAAGUAUUGGAUGGUAAGCAAUUCAGGAACAUCUAAUUAAAUUGUUCCAAGUCAGGUACAUAAAAAAAGGUUAAAACAAUAAAUAUCUGGAAAUGAAGACCUUAACUUUAUUCCUCAAGAAUGCAUUGGCUUCUAAAAGAUAGCUCACUAUAAAGAUAUAUCGGCGUCUUAUUAAUAAGAACAAUUUGGAGAAAUGAAAGGAGGUGCAACACCCAUCUGUGUUGCAUGUUAACCAAUGGACUCCUUUGAGAUGCUGGGAAGUUCUUUCUCUCCUAGGUAUACCAGAUAUAUAAUGUACACAGCUGAUUGGAACCUCUGGCAGUGGGAAAGCCUCCUGUUGAGUGAGACAAGGGCAAUAUACGUGAUCGGCAUAUUCAAGUUUGCUUAGGACUAAAUUAUUUGUAGAGCUUUAUCUUGGUCCGCUUAGAU